UGUCACCAAUGGUGGCAAAACCACCUUGACCAACAGGAUCAUCAAGGCACUCCCCAACUGCUGUGUGGUCCAUCAGGAUGAUUUCUUCAAGCCACAAGAUCAAAUAGAAGUCGGGGAAGACGGCUUUAAGCAGUGGGAUGUGUUGGACUCCUUGGAUAUGGAGGCAAUGGUGAGCACAGUGAAGGCCUGGAUUGAGAACCCACUGAAAUUUGCCCGUGCCCACGGGGUGAACAUCACACCUGGCUCCAAGGAGCCAACAGCCUCCCAAGAUACUCACAUCUUGGUCAUUGAAGGCUUCCUGCUGUAUAACUACAAACCUCUGAUAGACCUGUUUGACCUGCGUUACUACCUGGCAGUGCCCUACGACGAGUGCAAGAGGAGGAGAAGUACACGGAAUUACACCGUUCCUGACCCCCCAGGCCUCUUUGAUGGACAUGUCUGGCCCAUGUACUUGAAGCACAGGAAGGAGAUGGAGGACUAUGGUGUGGAUGUUGUUUAUUUAGAUGGCCUGAAAUCCAGGGAUGAACUCUACAACCAAGUCUUGGAAGACAUUCACAACAAGCUCUUAAACUGCUCAUAG